UCUUAGAGGUCAGACGAUCAGAGAUCACCUUGGACCCCGUGGCCAUUAUAAGAGAUCUACUCGAACUCUCAUCUUUGCGACCUUUUUCUCUGGUUCGGUUCAACCAAAAACAUGAAGCCUCGCCGGUCGAGCUGCACGGACUCUGGAUCCGAGUCCUCAGAAGUGGACUGCAAGAGCCCGGAGAAAUACGAGUCCGCCACACGCCGAAGGAUGGCUGCCAAUGCCAGAGAAAGGAAGAGGAUGCAGGGCUUGAACACGGCCUUCGACCGUUUACGGAAGGUGGUCCCACAGUGGGGCCAAGACAAGAAACUGUCCAAGUAUGAAACCCUGCAGAUGGCUCUCAGCUACAUCAUGGCGCUCAACAGGAUCCUGACGGACACCAAGAGGCACAACACUGCACAUAGGCAGUGGGUGGACUUGGAGUUUGACGGUGUGCAACCUGACGACUAUCAGUACCUCAUGAGGUACGAAUCCAUGGGGCAGGACUCUAUCAACUCCUCUUUCUCUCGUCAGUUUGAUGGACAUCAGCUCCAUGUAUAAAAAUAAUAAUAAUAAUCUGCCUGUUGGCAUGUAAAACAGUCAUGUUGUAAAUUGCAAUGUGAACCUUUUUUUCUCCAAUUAA